AUGCACACGAGCUCAAGAUGGCGUCUUGCCCUCCUGGCCCUGUUGCUGGCCCUGCCGAACUGCACGGCCACCUGCACGGCCACAGCAGGGUACAUCACGCUGGACCUACUGUCCACAAAUAGCACCGCAUGCGACACCAACCUGCACGCCCUCUGCCUCGCCAGCUUUCAGGCCAGCAUUGAUGCUGACUGCAAGGUGGCGCUGACGCCGCUUAACGGCAGCGGGGUCUACGUGCCGGGCAUCUGGUCCACAAAUGCUGCGGGCACCUACAAGCGGCCAGUGCAGUGCCCCACGUCGGCAUCGGCACCGGUGGACCCCGGCUCGCUCACGCCGUCAGCAUUAAAGAGCGCCUUCCAGACCGCGCUGGAGCGGCAUGUGUACGGCGCAGCUUUUGUGCUGGGCAUUAGCCAAGUGACAUGGACGAAUGGCACCGUCACGGUCGCCACCGUGGCAGGCAGCUGCACGCUCAAGUAUGCCAUCACCAAGUUAUCGGCGGUCGACAACAGCAUUACAGCCAUGAUUGGUAGCGAUGCCGAGCCUGCAGUGUGUGCAAUAGAUGGCACCGUGUCAAACGGCGCCGAAUGCCAACUGGCGCUGAUAGACGACUGCCCGCCCGGCACGCGGCCGGUGGAGCUGCCGAGCGGCGGCAAGGCCUGUGCCCGGUGCCGUGCAGGGACAUACUCUGUUGAUGGCAAGGCCUGCACAGCCUGCGCCGCGGGCAAGUUUGUUGGGAGUGUGGGAGCAUCAGUCUGCACUUCACCGUGUGCGGCAGGGAGCUACGCGUCCGGAGACUCCUUCCAGCCCUUCCUUGGGCAGGCCCAGAAUGCUUGUCAGAUGUGCAAUGCAAGCACAGACCCGCGGUACACAUCUGAAGUAGGGGCCGACUACUGCACAGUGCCCUACAUCGACUCUGUAUGCACAGAUGGUGCGUUACGACAGGACUGUGCAGCAGGCUGCACAAGGCAGGGCAAACUGUUUGACCGCCCACUGUUCCACCAAGAGGCGUGGUUCAUGGGUGCAGGGCACGAAUACAAUGCUGAGACCACCACCUGCGAUGAGUGUCCUGCGGGCACAGAGCGCAAAGUGGGGCGUGAGGAUUUUUGUGUUCCCUGGUGA